CUCCCUUGCACCGUCGCACGACACGAGACGAGAAAAAGCGAGCAGCGACGCAAAGCAAAGCAAAGCAAAGCGAAGCCACCCCCAUCAUCUCUGCUCCGCUCCCUCCCACGCUUUUCUCACUCUCCCCCUCGGGCGCCUCUCGCCUCCAUCAUCCCCCCCACCGCUCCGAUGGCCUCCUCUGUCUCUGACCCUCCACUCCUUCCCGUCGUCGUCGUCCUCCUCCUCCUCUCCGCCGCCCCAUUCCUCGCAUUCUCCUCGGAGCCUCUCAACGCCGAAGUGAUGGCGCUGGUGGCCAUCAAGCAGGGGCUGGUGGACGCGCACGGCGUGCUGAGCAACUGGGACGAGGACUCCGUCGACCCCUGCAGCUGGGCCAUGAUCACCUGCUCCCCCCACAACCUCGUCAUUGGCCUGGGAGCGCCCAGCCAGGGCUUGUCGGGGACCCUGUCCGGGAGGAUCGCCAACCUCACUAAUCUUGAGCAAGUGCUGCUGCAGAACAACAACAUCACGGGGCGGCUGCCGCCGGAGCUGGGCGCGCUGCCGAGGCUGCAGACGCUGGACCUCUCCAACAACCGCUUCUCCGGCCGCGCGCCCGGCACGCUGGGCCGCCUCUCCAAGCUCCGGUACCUGAGGCUAAACAACAACAGCUUGUCGGGGCCGUUCCCCGCGUCGCUGGCCAGCAUCCCACAGCUCUCCUUCCUGGACUUGUCCUACAACAACCUCUCCGGCCCUGUCCCGUUCUUCCCCACAAGAACCUUCAACAUCGUGGGCAAUCCGAUGAUCUGCGGCAGCCAUGUCGACUGCGCCGCCGCGCUGGCUCCGGCCACCGGGCCAUUCCCGCUGGCAUCCACGUCCACCCCGAGCAGCAGGAGCAGGUCAAAGGCUGGCGCGGUGGGAGUGGGAGUAGGAGUAGGGACAGGCCUGGGCGCCUCCUCCCUGCUGCUUUUCGCCGUGUCCUGUCUUCUUUGGAGCCGCCGGCGCCGGCAGCGCUGCCCCUCCCUCCUCGAGCAAGGUGGUAGAGAUUUGGAGGGCGGGGUGGCGGCGCGGCUGGGGAACGUGCGCCAGUUCGGGCUGCGGGAGCUGCACGCGGCCACGGACGGGUUCAGCGCCAGGAACAUCCUGGGCAGGGGCGGGUUCGGGGACGUGUACCGGGGCCGGCUCGCCGACGGCACGGCCGUGGCCGUGAAGCGGCUCAAGGACCCCAGCGGCGCGUCCGGGGAGGCGCAGUUCCGCACGGAGGUGGAGAUGAUCAGCCUCGCCGUGCACCGCCACCUGCUCCGCCUCCUCGGCUUCUGCGCCGCCGCCUCCGGCGAGCGCCUCCUCGUCUACCCCUUCAUGCCCAACGGCUCCGUCGCCGCCCGCCUCCGAGGGAAGCCGGCGCUGGGGUGGCAGACGCGGAAGCGGAUCGCGGUGGGGGCGGCGCGGGGGCUGCUGUACCUGCACGAGCAGUGCGACCCCAAGAUCAUCCACCGGGACGUCAAGGCCGCCAACGUGCUGCUGGACGAGCACCACGAGGCCGUCGUCGGCGACUUCGGCCUCGCCAAGCUGCUCGACCACGGCGACUCGCACGUCACCACCGCCGUGCGCGGCACCGUCGGCCACAUCGCCCCCGAGUACCUCUCCACGGGCCAGUCCUCCGACAAGACGGACGUCUUCGGCUUCGGCGUCCUGCUGCUCGAGCUCGUCACCGGCCAGCGCGCGCUCGAGGUCGGCAAGGGCUCCGGCCUCAGCCUCACCCACAAGGGCGUCAUGCUUGACUGGGUGAGGAAGGUGCACCAGGAGAAGAUGCUGGACUUGCUGGUCGACCAAGAGCUGGGGCCUCACUACGACAGGAUCGAGGUGGCCGAGAUGGUGCAGGUCGCCCUGCUCUGCACCCAGUUCCAGCCGUCCCACCGCCCGAGGAUGGCCGAGGUGGUGCGGAUGCUCGAAGGCGACGGCCUCGCCGACAAAUGGGAGGCCACCAACCGGCCGCCGCGCGACGGCCUUGGCGACGACCACCGCAACGACCCCAACGGGUGGGGCUCCUUCAACGACUACCAUGACAAUGGCGGCAGCAGCCUCGGCAGCGACGAGGCGCGGUCAGUCGACAUGGCGGAGGAGAUGGAGCUGUCAGGGCCGAGGUAGCGGCGCUGCAUGUUCAGAAAGAACAGCCAAAUUCAGAGCACUUCGAGAGAAAAGAAAGAGAUAGAGGGGUGGGGUGGGGGAGAGAAUGGGGAUUGGAUUUGUUGCUAGCUAGUACGUAGUUUCAUAGCUAGUAGUAUAAGAUGUUCAGUUUUAGUCGACGAGAUGUGUAGCUUCUGAUCAAGCGUUCGCUUUCCCUAGAAAGAUGUAAAGAAAAUUUGUUGGCUUCUCUUUUACGGGGAUCCAUUUCCGCACACAAGCAUCGAGAAUAGAGAAUUUCAUACGCAACUUCAAGAUGAUCUUGUUGAGCAUCAA